AUGUGCAACGAGAAAGUCAAGCCGCUCGGGAGGGUGUCUGCCCAGAUUCGCACCCUCUUCGACCGACAUGUCCGACCCAGCCUUCCAGCCGCUUCCUUCAUCAAUCUCCACUACCUGUACUUCGGGGUAACAUGUCUCCUGGCGAGCAUCAUCUUCUGGGGUUCAUCCACUCCACCAAGGUCGGUCUCAUAUAUUGACAGCCUGUUUCUCUGUAUCUCGGCCAUGACGGAGGCUGGCUUGAACACGGUCAAUCUGUCGACAUUGAAUACAUGGCAACAAGUGAUUCUAUUCCUCCUGAUCAUCAUUGGGUCGGCUAUAUGGGUGUCCAUUGGUGUCUUGUACGUCAGGAAGCGCGCUUUCGAACGCAAGUUCGCCGAGCUCGCUGCCAGACGGAGAAAACGGCUGCAGCGGCCUCGCUCGUUCAACUUUUCUUUCUCUAAGCGGAAAACAAGCAUGUCGGAUGCGGAUCAUGUCGCUGCUGUUGCCUCCGGUGCCGUGCGUGGCCGCGCAAUACCCAACGACCAGGUAGAUCACGAACAUAAACGUUCAGACUCAUUGAGCCAUCAUCGGUCACCAUCAGACGAGAGGUUGCGAAUGUCCAAAACUGCCACUGGGACAGAUGAAGGCGACAACCCAGAGCGGGCCGGUCACAUUCGGUUUCGGGCCGAUGUUGCGGCAGGGGAUCAUGCAGAUUAUCUGCCGCAUCCCAUCAGGCGCCAUCGUACCAGUUUUCUCGAAGGCAGUGGUGUUGGGGCCAAAGGUCUCGACAACCAUCCACGAAAUGCACGGCCUGUCGAUUACUACAAUGAUCAUGCUGAUGAAAGCGAGGUUGAUGGCGAAUUCCUGUCUCGAUCUCGCAAACCCAUUAACAAAUACCUAGACACGGUCAAUGGAUAUCUAGGACGGAACAGUCAGUUCCAUCAUCUUAGUGACAAGGAAAGAAAGAAACUCGGCGGUAUCGAGUACGAUGCUAUUUGUCUAUUGUCAUGGGUGGUGCCUGUGUACUUUGUUCUCUUUCAACUGCUGGGCGCACUGGGUGUGGGUGCCUGGAUUAAGGUGAACCGGCCAGGGGUGUCAUUGAAAAAUGGGCUUGAUCCUUUUUGGACCGGGGCAUUCUUUGCCAUUUCCGCCUUCAACAAUUCCGGCAUGGCACUACUUGAUGCUAAUGCAACAGCCGUGCAGACCAGCUACUAUGUCUUGCUCACUCUGAGUUUGUUGAUUCUGGCCGGCAACACCUGCUUUCCUCCUUUCUUGAGGUUGGUUCUGUGGACGAUGAAGAACCUUAUUCCUAAGAGCUGGAACUCGGCAGAAUGGCAAGUUCGUCGUCGUACAUUGGAAUUCUGUCUCGACCACCCGCGGAGAGUUUACACCAACUUGUUUCCAAAGGCGCAGACGUGGUGGCUGGUGUUUUCGGUCGUUAUGCUCAACGGAAUUGACUGGUUGGCCUUUGAAUUACUGAACAUCGGCAACCCUACUACUGACUCGAUCCCAGCUCAUUUCAGGGUUUUAGAUGGCUUGUUUCAAGCAUUUGCCGUCAGAAGUGGAGGAUUCUAUGUGGUCAGCAUAGCCGGCUUACGGUCGGGCUUGUUGGUGUUGUAUGUUUUGAUGAUGUAUAUCAGUGCUUUUCCCGUGACCAUGACCAUCCGCAACACCAACGUGUACGAAGAACGAUCCCUUGGACUGUAUGCCGAAGAUUUACCGCUCUCUCCGCAUCCUCAAUCUGCUGAAAAUGGUGCCUCCGACGAAAAGGCAGCUGCUCGCCCGAGAAGCAAGAACAAACUCCUCCACGGCCUCAAGAAGACCAUGACCAUGACCCAUGGUCAGAGUAUUUCUUCGCCCAUGAACAAGGCUACAUUUCCGACUUCUUGGACUCGACAGGAUUUUGUCCGCCAACAGCUCCGCAGUCAGUUGGGACAUGACCUUUGGUGGAUUGCCCUGGCCAUAUUUGUCAUCACUUCGAUUGAGACUGGUCAAUUUGAGCGUGAUCCCGUUGUCUUUUCCACCUUCAACAUCAUUUUCGAAGUCACGUCCGCAUAUGGUUGCGUUGGCAUUUCGACUGGUGUGCCCUGGAACGCAUACUCGUUCUGCGGUGCCUGGCAUACUGCCAGUAAACUGGUGCUGUGUGCCGUCAUGCUUCGAGGUAGACAUCGUGGUCUACCGGUUAGCAUUGAUCGGGCCAUUUUAUUGCCGGACGAGAGUCUGGCUUGGGCCGAGGAGGAAGACGCGCAUAAACGUCGGGCCAGUUUUCAUUCCACAACAGCAGCGGCAACCGCGACGGGACUGGGAAUGGUUCCCUCGCGUCCGUCCAUGUCGACAAGGGAGGGUCUGACAAGGCCACGCACCGCCAGUUUCGGCGCUCCUGGACCUAGUGUUCGUCAGGAGACCGAGCGUGAUGUUGGGGAUAUGGUGUAA